GCAGCGUGCGGUUGUGCCUCUGGCUUUGAAUAUCUACGUUACGUUUAUUUGAAAAUAACUGCAGAGUGUGUAAUUUUGGGUGUACUAUAAUAAGCAACGUUUACUAAAAAGCGCUUUUCGCUUACUGAAGGGAACUUAAGCAAAAAUAAGAAUCAAAUAAAUAGUUUUAAAAUUGGGUGUUGACAACAAAAAUUACAAUAACAAUAAUAAGGAGUAGCGGUGCGGGUGAAGGCAGCAAAAAUGGAGUCCGAAGAAAUAACCAAAAUGGUGGACGGCGUUUAUAAGAACAUAUUAGAGAAAUUCAAUCCAGGUGCACGCCAACUCAUCUCCUCCGGCAAAGGUUAUUUGAAGGCUUUGCAUGGUGCUGCAUCUGCGUCACGCCUAUUCAAUGAAGCAUUAGCCAAGCUGGCAAUGAAUGCACAACAAAGUGGAACCAGCGAUAUUGGUGCGGCAUUGAUGAAUGUUGUCAGCGUUUAUAAAGAAAUUCAAGAGCAACAAAUGAAUAUUUUGAAAGCUUUCUAUGUUGAUUUAUUGGUGCCAUUGGAAACAAAUUUGGAGAAGGAUACAAAAGUUGUGCAACAUGAACAAAAGAAAUUCUUACAACAGCACAAAGUACGCAUGGAGAGUUAUCAGAAGGCCGUCUCCACAAUGAAGAAACAGCGCAAGAAAAAGGCCAGUCCAGAGAAUACAGAAAAGGAGUUGAGAAAUCUACAAAUAUUGGAAGAUCAAAAGAAGAAGUUGGACGCAUUCUGCGAACAAAGCUACAAAAAUGCCAUGACACAGGAGCGCCGUCGCUACGGUUUCGUGCUUGAACGUCAAUGUUCCAUAGCAAAGCACUGGAUGGCCUAUCACAGCACUGGCAAGUUGGUAAUUGAUAACAAUUUGGAAAAUUGGCAAGAAAUUGCCGCUUCACGUGAAGUGAUACCAGCGGCGGCAGUAUACGAAGCGGGCGGUGGCGGUAGCUACGGCACUGCCAGCACCGGCAAAAGGAUGGAGCGGCUCAAAGAUGGCGAGGACAUGCACGCUGUUGGCAAUUCGUCUGCUUCGCAGCUUAAGAAAUCACGCAGUGUGGACGCGCCCUACGGCGAUAUGCGUACCUUGCAUGAGAGUAAUGUCAGUUAUGCGCAAAACUCGUUGCCGCGCGCCAAAUCCGAUUUCAAUCUGACAACAACAACGAACUCGAACGAUCAUGUCGAUCAUGGUCAGUGGGACCAACGUCCCGUCGUGAAGGCGCUCUACGCCUAUAUGCCUUCGGGUGAGAAUCAGCUGCCCUUCGAGGAGGGCGAUCGCAUAGCUAUGGUCGGCAGUAAGGCUAAGGGUUGGCAAUUCGGUGAGAAUUUACGCACGCAAAUGUUCGGCUGGUUCCCGAUCGCCUACACCAAUGCCGAGGGCGCGGGCGAACGUGAAAAGUAUCGUGCGAGCGAACGCCAUAGCGAACGUAGUAGCGAUCGUUACGAGAAUGUGCAUUACGAGCGUAAUGGUGGUAUGCGCAGCAAUUAUCAUGAUCAAUAUAUGUCUGAGGCGCAUAUGGAUCCUGCCAUGGAGAGCGAUUCGACAUACCGCCGACGCAACAAUAGCGCCGAGGAAUCAUCUCCAACACGCAUGUUCGGUGACACUUUCCGGAAUCAAAAGAAGUACCGUGCAACAGCUGGCGGCAAUCCACGCCCCGGUCCACCACCAACACUCCCUGCACCAGUGCCAUCGAAUAGUCAGAGUCAAAGUGCCAGUCGUAUAUUGAAUACAUCGCAGAGCUUUUGUGGCGCUUCCAAUGGCAUACCAUCUGUGGUGGAGCGACGCAAGCAGCACAAAUUGCAAAAUGGCCCACAAGCCGCGCAUAAUCGUUCCAUUCUUUCCGCCAAACAACAGUCCACAUCGAUGAGCGCUGGUGGCAGUCAAAUGAAACCCGCCGCGGCCGCUAAGACUUCAUUGCAUAGCAGCAAUGACAGUGGCUUUGCCAAUGAGCCGCCACCACAACCCGAAGUCGACUACUCGGAUGAAGAACAAACGAGUCGUGUGCCAAUACGCCGUCGUGCCGAUACCAAUUCGCACGUCUCACGGGAUGUUGCUUCGUGGACUUUGAAUCGCAAUUUCCGUAACAGUGUCGAUAGUCAGAUCGAUGACAAGAGCAUGCAUGGGCUGAGCCGACGUAAUACGAAGAUGCGUUACGAUCUUAUUGCUAGCGAUGAUGAAAUUCUGCAAGCCUCUAGUAGUGGCAUAAAGCGUACUAAAUCUUUUUGGAAAUUCGGUGGACGCCACGAAGAUAUAUUGGCUGGCAUGUCGCUCUGGCAGCAUCGGGAUCUAGUGGCGGCACCCAACAUGGAGGAACUAAGCACGGAUAGUCCACAGCACAAAGAAAAUGGACAUGUGGAACACGAAGGUGAUGCUGAAGGCGUACAAGAGCGUGAGCGCGACCGAGAACAAGAACAUGGACGAGAGAAUACACGCAAUACAAACGAUAAGAACGGCACAUUAACGAAGUCGCAUUCAAACAACUCAACAUCAUCGACGGAGAAGUACCGCAACGACAGUGUAACCAGCAUGGAAGCAUACGAUGAUGAUGAGAAUAUAUAUGGCAUGAGUCCAGUGGUAAAACGCGAGAAUAUAAUUGUACAGAAUCGUAACUCGAUGCAAUCAAAUGCAACUACAAUGCGUGCCGAAUACACACCGAAAUCGCGCAUGAAAAUUAUGAAGACAAUCGAAAUCGACAUCGAAAAUCCAACAGAGAGCGAACGUUUGAGCACAAUCAAGCGUGGACAAAAGGAAUAUCAGAAAGAAUAUCGCGAAAGCGCCGGUAUGAUGCCGCAAGUGAAUAUGAGUAUGCGCGCUAAUACGCAUGCGCGUAAUGAACAUGAGAGUAAAAGUAAGGCUGGCAUAAGCAUGAGCGGCAUGCAGUCAUCGCGUAAUACGUUGAGCAACAACCAUAAGAAGCAUCAGACGCACAACGUAGAUGCGAACGCUGGCAAGCAUGCAAAUCUACAACAGAUGAAAUCGAAUGGCAGCGGCAGUCAGACGCAAACGCGUGCCAAACAACAAGAUUUUCCACACUCCACAGAGGAUGAGGAGGGCGACAGCGAUGACAAUGGCACACUCAAAAUGAGUGACGUUAACAACUUCUUCGACGAUAUCUCACAUGAGAACACCACUGGCGGUAUGAUUAUGAAAACAGUUAAGCGCAAGGAUAUACUUAAGCAAUACUACACCAGCGAGGAUGAGUCUGACGAUGUUGAGAUUAAAUCAACAAGCUCGGAUCCUUAUGACUGCAUUGUGAUCAACGAUCAUUUGGUGCGUAAGGAUGAGAAGCAUCGUCGUCAACUGCACAACUCCUAUCAAGAACACCAAAUGGAAUUUCAAACAUUUCGCGCGACAACAACAUCAGCCAUGCCACAAGGUAACAACAAGAAGAAUAAAAUGAAUGGCGUUGAUCAACGUAAGGGCAAUGGUGUAGCAGCGAGCGCUGGCAAGUCAAAGAAACAGCAGGAGCUGCAGGACAACGAACGUGAGCGUGAGCGGGAACGCUAUAGCGUGAAUAGCAGUGCCACGCUGACAAGAAACUCCAAUGCGAACACGAAUACGGCGCUGAACACACCGACUGCCACGAUACUGCCACGCACGCGUCUCAUGAAAUCGAGCAAUAUGACAAGUAUGACUUUGGAACGCGCGUCUAAAAAUAAAACGCGCGAAAAUGGCCAUAUGAGUGGUGGUGGUGUUGGGGGUGGUAGUGAAAAAGACAAAAAUCAUUAUGGUAAAACUUAUGGACCGUGGUAUGAUUUUUGGGAUCAACAAGAUCAGCACACGCUUGUGAGCCAAAAGUCAAUGCAUAAUGGCAAAAUGUGAAAUCAUAUUUUGAAGCGUUUAAAUGGAGGGUUUUUUAGCAAUACCCUUAUAUUGGUAUUGGUUUCAUAAAUGUAUACAUAUAUUAUGUUGGUUAUUAGAAAUGAAGGCGUUCGAGCGGUGUAAAAACUUAAUCACUUAUUUUUUAUUAUAAAAUUUAGUAGUGUUAUGAACAAAAGUUUGGCAACAAUGUUGCCUAAAAUGUUGCUAAGCGUUUAUGGUUCAACAAUGUUGCACAAAUUGUUGCUAAGCGUUUGUGCUUCAAUUUUCGUAUUUCUUUUUGUUUUAUGACAUAUGUUGCAGCUGUAUUUUCAAAUAUUUAUUAUUUUUCAGUGAAAAUUUCAAAUUUUUUGGUGCAUAAAUAUGCACAAUUUCAAAGCAACAUUUUUGCCAGCAACAUUUUACAAUUCUCGAUAUGUGGAUAUUAGCAAAAAAAUAGAAUUCAUAGCAUUGCGGCGUGACAUAUGUCCAUCUGUCUUUCCGUUUGUCUGCAUAAUAUAGUCCUUCAGUUUCUGAGGUAUCGAUCUAAAGUUCUGCACACAUGCUUUUUGCCCGAACGGCCGAUAUCGUAUCACUAUAACAUAUAGCUGCCAUACAAACGAACGAUCGGAAUCAGGUCCUUAUAUGGCAAAUUUUUUCAUUUGACCGGGUAGCUUCUCGAAAUUUGGCGCGGAUUAUUGUCUAAAGCGUUUGUCAGAUCAAAUCACUAUCGCUUAUAGCUGCCAUAUAAACUGAACGUUCAAAAUUAGAUGCCUGUAAGGCAUCUUUUGUAUUUGUGAAGCCUAUUAUAGUUUCGGUACAACCGGUUUUUUCUUGGUUUUUAUUCCUCCUACUUCGGUAGUGUGGUUAUUUCUGAUUCAUAUGUUGCUGGCAACAUUUUUUGGUACAUGAUGAAAAUAUAAGAGCAAAUUAUACAGUUUAGGUACCUCAGAAAGCAAUUUGUAUAUCUAUGUUUGUUUUUAAAAAUUUAAAUUUGUUUCUGUACCACGCACAACUUAAAUACGGAUACCAAACUCAACUUAAAAACAUGCUCCGUUACCACGCAAUAUUCCGAAAUAUACAGCAAAAAACCAAUCAAGAAAAUACGAGGAAAUGCCAUACACAGCGUUGAGCGCCUAAAAUCAUGCCACAUAUAAUUUUUUAUCGUAAAUGAUAUUACACCGCACAAAACUGUUUUUUUCAUUUGUUUUUUUUAUUUUCAUUUUUAUUUAUUUAUUUUUUUGUUUUACAAUUAAAUCUUACGUUGAAUUUCAUUGAAAUAGUGCUGGUCUGCUACUGAAUUAUCGUGCUAUCCAUCCAACUAUUCCUAUACUUAUGCAUUUUUUUUUGUAAGCCACCAAAAAAGCAACGCAGUGUACACGCAACUCAUCUUAAACGUUUUUCAUAAAUCUAAUUAUACAUAUACAUAUGUGUAACUAAAACUAAAACUAAACUUAAACUUGCUCAUGUAAACAGAAAAAAUAUUUUCAAAUCACUCUGUAAGCUAAAUGUUGCUAACAAGUCAAAAAGUUGCACUUUUUUUGUAAAAAAAAAUUAUUAAAUUCUGCAUUAACAUUUCAACUUCAAUAUUUAGUUUCAUUUUCAUAAUUUUUCGUUGCAUUCCUGCAUCAGUACUUGCCAUCGCUCGCAAAUACAACUAAAUUCAUUUAACUAAUGUGCGCUUAUUUCACAAAAAAUUGGUUAAACAUUUAGCUGCAACAUAAACUAAACCCUUUUUGAAUUCUUUAUAUUUCCUUUUUCUAUGUGUAUUUCUAGAAAGGGUGGUGCCUACCGCAACAUUUACAUAGACUUCUAGACCAAGUAAUACAUAAAUGUUAACACACACACACACACACCUCUAUCAAAAAAUGAACUCAAACUUACAAUAAACUUUCAACACAACACACUAAAACAACAAGUAAAAAUAAAUAAUCUGGCAGCACUGUGUUCGAAUGCCUAAAAACACAGACAAAUACACGUUUUUAUAGGAAAACUAAACGACAACAACAACACCAUGAGAAUUUGUUUGUAACCUUGUAAUCCGAUAUAUGUAUGUAUGCAUUCUAAGUAUAAUUAAAUAGUUUGUAAAUGUGUAUAGAACAGUCUGUCUAUCAACGCUAUUUGUAAACCUGUUUUCGCGUAUUAGAAAACAGCGCUAAAACUACAAAAACAUAACUGUAUGUAAAAUUAUAUUGCAUUAUGUACAUAUAUAAAAAUAGAAAGAGAAAAUAUCUUGGUCUGCUCUCACUUUAUAUUUUUAAAGAAAAUUUCAUUUUGUCAUUGCAAAUUGAAAUGACGACAUGCUUUCUUUAUUUGUUUUAUUUUCAAACUCCGCCACUUUUCAUAACAUGUACUGUUAUGUUAUGUAUAGUGCAUGCCAAUUUGCCACAGUCAAACUGCGUCACACCAAAACUAACGAUCGUUCGGCUCCGAUGAUUUAUCGGAGCAUAAAUAAAUAAAUAAUAAAUAACCUUAAUUUAAUUGAGUUAGUAGUUUAAGAAUACUUUAUAAAUAUAAUUAUGCAUAAAAUUUAA